AUGGAUGGACUCCCAGAUAUAGGCCAGCUUCUGCAAGCUACACGGAGUACCACAUUUACCGAAUUCCUCCAUACCUGCCACAAUCUAUUUUCACGCCCAUUAGUACGAUCACCAUCGCGCUCCACCACCGGCAAGAUUCCAUCUCCACAAGGAAAAUACUGCCCAAGACAGCUCCGCUCAUGGGAUGACUGCGCAUCUACUCAACAAAGAAUAUAUACUGCUGUCCGAGGAUAUCUGAACGACUUCGCAAGUGGACAGGCGCAUCGAUUAUUCUUAAACAUAGCUGGACUUGAAGGCAUCGCCAGCCGACUAAACCAGCCUUUACACAGUGAGAGGGCAUUGGAAACAUAUGAAGAAUUAGCCGUCAAUGGAAAUGUACAGAAUAUCAUUGAGGAGCUUUGCAAGGUGCCACUGGCUCGGCAGGAGUUUCAACUUGGUGAAGGUGUAUCUUUUGAAAGUCACACCAACUCUUUAGAGAACAGCAUCUCUGGCCCUGAACUCCCAAGGUCUGACAACUACUGCAUUCACCGGAUUGGCGGUGAAAAUACACUACUCACAAUGGUAGAAUAUAAACCACCACAUAAGCUGACUCUGGCUCACCUUAGAGAAGGUUUACGGGAUAUGGAAUUCUGGCAAGAGGUGGCGAAAAGGGAAACAAUCCCAACAGAAAGAGCAGAAAAACAGCAAUACGAUGCAGAGCGUACAGUUGGUGCUGUACUUACACAGCUCUACCAUGCAAUGAUCUGUGAAGGACUUGAGUAUUCUUGGAUUAGCAACGGCCUGGCUCUUAUCCUUCUGCAUAUACCAUCCGAAGAUCCUGAUAUCCUAGAAUAUUUCUUCUGCGAGCCUCACAAGGAUAUUAGCGAGGAUGAGGACUUCCUACAGCCAAAGACAGCUAUUGCUCGUAUACUAUGCCUGGCGCUAAUGGGCUCCUGCUCUACUAUCCGUGAUAAUAUGUGGCGCCAAAGUGUCAAGUCUCGGCUUCCUAAAUGGACGUCGAACUUUGCUCGAACGGACAUCCAAAGCUCGGAAGAUGAACAAGAAACUCCAACAGAAUCAGUAUAUACUAGUUCUAGUUUCCAACCCUCUUCUUCACCGGUAUCAUCAGGUCGCCAAACCAGGAUACAGCGUCAAACUGGCUGUGCACCACCACAAGAUAUCCAGCAGGAUUCAGACCCAGACAACUCCGACUCUGAUCCAAACCAAUACCCGGCUAAUCGAAAACGUAAUCUAAGCCAAAUCGGAUCUUCACCUCCUGGUCACUCAUCACAAUCAAAGCACCACCAGCAUCGGCGCAAUACUCCCCAGCAGUAUAAAUCAAGACCGUUUUGUUCUCAAAAUUGUUUACUUGGACUUCAAAGAAACACUGCCCUGGAUCCAUGUUGCCCCAACUUUCAUCAACAUAAAGGAGUGAAAACAGACCAUCAGGUCACAGUCAAAGAGUUUAUUCAACAGCUUGAGCAGCGAUUGGAUGAGGACAUUGAUCAAUACUGCUCACCGCUAGGAUGGUGUGGCGCGUCCGGGGCACCGUUCAAAAUCACAUGCCCUACUUAUGGUUAUACAAUAGUUGGGAAAGGGACAACUGCCCAACUUUGGCCACAGGUUUCUCGUGAAGCUGAGGUUUACCAUGUGCUUAGGAAGAUUCAGGGGUCAUCUGUUCCUGUUUUCCUUGGAGCAAUCGAUCUGGGCAUACCAUUCUUCCUUCAUGGGGCUGGUGAGAUUCGACAUAUGUUGCUUAUGGCAUGGGGUGGGGAACAUAUGGAUUGUAUAGGACCUCCAGAGAAGAGACAGAUCCGGCGCUCCCGACAAGAUUUGAAGUCUCUGGGUAUACGCCACGGUGACAUUCGCCUAGAAAAUUUGCUAUGGAAUGCUGAAGCACAACGAGUGAUGAUCAUUGAUUUCCACUUAUCCAGUCUCCAACCUAUGCUUCAAAGUGCACCAAAGAAGAGGGAUCUGCUAUCAGAUGCUUCGCCCGCUCGAAAACGCAUGCGGGUUAAAUAA